AUGUCAGCAAUGUACCAAACUAACAACUAUUAUGGAUAUGGCUAUGGACAGCCCAGAGGAAGUGACUAUUAUCAACCUGCAAAUUUAAUCGCUCCACCUGUCCAAGCCCAACAAAUAGCAGGUUCUAAUAUAUCCUAUCAGUACUCUUUAUGUACAGGUCGACGUAAAGCUUUGUUGAUUGGAAUUAACUAUAUCGGUACCAAUAACCAACUAAGAGGUUGUAUCAAUGAUAUCCACAAUAUUCUCAACUUUUUAACUACAAGAUGCAAUUAUAGACAAGAAGACAUCGUACUUCUUAGUGAUGAUCAACCAAAUCCUGUUUGCCAGCCUACAAGAGCCAAUAUGAUCAGAGCAAUGCAUUGGUUAGUUAAAGACGCCCAACCGAACGAUGCUUUAUUCUUCCAUUAUUCAGGACAUGGUGGUCAAGUUGAAGAUUUAGAUGGUGAUGAGGAAGAUGGAUACGAUAGCACCAUAUAUCCUGUAGAUUUUGCCACCGCAGGUGUAAUUAUAGAUGAUGAACUUCAUGAUAUUUUGGUGAAACCUUUACAACAAGGUGUCAGACUAACUGCCUUAAUGGACUCGUGUCAUUCUGGAACUGCUCUUGACCUACCAUAUAUAUACUCAACAAAAGGUGUCGUUAAAGAACCUAAUAUGAUGAAGGAUGUCGGUGGUGAUGCGAUGGGGGCAGCAUUAUGUUACAUGUCAGGAAAUACUUAUGGAAUGAUGAGUUCUCUAGGAAACAUGGUGACAAAAGUAUCAAGAGGGAAGGGGAUGGGCAAACAGAAGAGAGAACAAAUGAGACAAGCUAAAUUUUGCUCAGCAGAUGUAAUAAUGUUUUCUGGAUCAAAAGAUAAUCAAACUUCUGCUGACAGUGUUGAAAAUGGACAAGCAACUGGUGCCAUGUCAUACGCAUUCAUAAAAGUCCUGUCUGCUCAACCACAGCAAACGUAUCUAUCUUUAUUACAAAAUAUGAGACAAGAAUUAACUGGUAAGUAUUCUCAGAAGCCUCAGUUAUCUGCUUCGCAUCCAAUUGAUGUUAAUUUACAGUUCGUCAAUUGA